AUGAUUGUUGGAGAUUCUAAUAAUAGUACAGUUAAGCUCAAAGGUAUGAUAGAUUUAAUUCCAGAGUAUUAAAUAACAUACUAAAGAUCUUUCAAGAACAAACUUCGAUAAUCGAAUAAAGACAUUUUUCAAAUCAAUUAAGAGCUUUCGCAUUCAAUUAGCUUUCAGCAAAAUAAUCUAUCUGAUCAUACAUUAAUAAUUUGUUAAUUAAAUUUGAAAAAAAACCUAAAAAGUAAAAAGUAAUAUAAUUUCAUAAUAAACAAGGAGUAAAUUUAUCUAUUAAAUUUGAAUUGUUCUCACAGUGAGAACUUCAGAGAAUUUAUCUAGAAAAUUCAGGAAAAUCAAAAGAGAUUCUAAAUCUAUAGAAGGAAAAGGUAAGGUCUAGAAUCAAUUAUACAUAGAACUUCUUAAGAUUUUUUGAACAUAUUCUAAUUAAUUAAUAGCAAUAUCAGAACUAAGUAAAAUAAGAUACCCAUAAACUAAUUAAAAAGCUAAUUAUAGUUAAUCCAAAUAAAAGGGAUGGUGAAAUCAUGA